AUGCUAUGCGAGCGACACACCCUGGCUGACCACACUCGCCAACUCAUCAGCAGUACCUGCACAGAAAUCGCGCCGUGGAAGCUCGAAAAGUACUGGAGCGAGAGGGUCACGGGGACGCUUACGGGUGUGCAGCCUAGGUGGACUUACCAGGAGACGUUGGUCCAGAUUGAACAAUCUGAGCGUCCAAGCAGACUGCUAGAGGGAGAUGAGAUGCUCGAUUUCACGGCGGCCUUUGACGAGGAGACAUGGGAAUCGACGAGAGGUACUUUGGAGUAUUUUGAAAAUGUAGAGAGAACGCAUUCGAGACAUGGGGUUAUCCUCCUAGUCGUCGGCUUUGCGACUCCAAUCCUCGUCACCUAUAUCAGCCAUUUCCCAUACAUGACGUCCAUCCUCAACACGCUCAAACCACGCUUCGUCUGGCCCUCUCUCGUUGGGACCUACCACGUCCGCGCCCUUCCCUUCUCCCUCGGCAACGUGCCCACCCUCGGUCAGGCAUGGUACGUUAUCUUCUUCCUCGUCCUCAACGUUGCCCUCACGGCCGCGGGCUACCGCUUUUCAAUCCCCUUCCAAUACCUGGUUCCCCAAUAG